UGUUUCUCUCUCCACACGCAGUCUCCAAAGUAAAGAGGUAAGCUCAGGAGCUGAAAGUAGAUCAGACAUAGUGUAAAACAGGUAGAAACUGGUAAACUUUUGGAGUGGAUUUACUGUGUUGGAUUUUAAAAAGAUCUCCAAUUUAAGGUCAGUUUGUUUGAUACAAUUCAGCUAAAUAAUAAUAAUUAAUUGUAACAGCAAAACCUUGGUGGUUGUUUGACAAAAACAUUGAAAUUUUUUCAUCACAUACAAUUUUGUCACACAAGUAUGAGGGAAGGAACUAAUAUGAGCAGGUUUCCUGACUUUUUUAUAAAAUAAAUGAGGCAAUGUGAAAAGUAAAAAAAACAAUCUAAACUUGAUAUGAACAUUUCACGUGACUAAUUGAGAACUGUAUUUUGUUUUGUAACACAAAGCUUUAUGUAAAACGUGUGUUUAGAUACUAGAAGAUGAAAAGUUUUAAUUUGUAAAAAGUUUUAAAAAACUUUUAAAUUAGUUUUCUCCUGUCUUUUUCUGCUUCCUGGUCAUUAUGAGCUAUAAAACAGAGAUUUUACAUUAAGUACUGAAGUUCAUUCAACGCAUAUUGCAUUGAAUAUGCGUUGACAUACGCAUGACCUUUACAUUCGACUUUCAGCUUUAUAUGGAGAACUAGAGAGAUGCUAGCUCGCAGGUAUACGAAAGACGAGGAAAGCUGCAUUUUAUUUCAACAUUUCAGCGCAUUUUGAUGUCCCAAAGUACUGAUCUCUAGAUCUUAAAAUUUCAAGCUCUCCCUGUUGGACUUAUGGCAAAAAUUUAAAAAGAACCAAUACACACAAAAUUCAGGCAAUAAAACGUUGGGUACAUUUGAGAGUUGUCGAAAGGGGAGAAGAGUCUUCAGAGGUGAUCUGAUGGCGUCAAAUAUCACCACCGCCACCUCCCAGCAGUCCUCCUCUGCCUCCUUUUCUUUGCCCAUCAACAUCCAAGCCCGGGUUGGCAUAGCUAUCCUGACCCUGGCAUUUGUUCUGGGCUUCCCGGGGAACCUGUUUGUGGUUUGGUCGGUGAUCUGCCAGGUGAAGAAGCGUUCAGUGACCUGUUUGUUGGUGAUGAACCUGGCUCUGGCGGAUGCUUUCGUGCUGCUCAGCGCACCUUUUUUCCUGCGGUACCUGGCUGGGGGCCGGGGCUGGGAGUUUGGCUCAGCAGUGUGCAAGCUGGUGCAUUACCUGUCAAGUGUUAACAUGUACGUAUCCAUCUACCUCAUUUGCCUGAUGAGCAUGGACCGCUGGCUUGCUGUCACAAGGCCUUUUCUGUCCCAGAGAGUGAGGACCAAGCACUUCCUGCUUGUUCUCCUGCUGGUGGUCUGGGUAAUGGCGUUCAUCCUGUCACUGCCAAUGCCUUUUUACCGCAGUAAUCUGAAGAAGACAUUUCCACCACACAACAUCACCUUCAGCUUUUGUUUACCAUACCACUGGAAUAGCGUGGGUCACCAAGUCUUCCAGUACCUGUCUGAGACCAUCAUGGGCUGCUUGGUGCCCUUCUCCCUCAUCACCACCUGUUACACCUGGGUCAUCUGUCGUCUGCAAAGCGCUAUGUUCCACCGCAGAGCACAAGGCAGCCGCCUGAUCCUGAUGAUCAUCUGUACCUUUGCGCUAUUCUGGCUGCCCUAUCACAUCGUCAACAUCAUUCAGGUCAUUGGACUGUUGACAGGAAGUGCUUCAGUGUCGAAGGCUGCUACUAGUGCCCGCCCAAAUGUCACAGCCUUCGCUUACUUCAGCAGCGCUGUCAAUCCCAUCCUCUACGUGUUUGCCGGCAGCUCCCACAUCCGCCAGGCCGGCCUCAGCUUCAUGGGCAAACUGUUUGAGGCCACCAACUCAGAGAGCAGAAGCACAUCCACCUUCACCCGCAGUGCCCGCAGCAGCUGCCCGGAUGAGAGCUCUGCCCUGCAAGCGCUGUCGGGGAAACUCGGGAAUCCUUUCAAAAGCAAGAACAAGGAGUGGAGCGGUAGUGUGGCUGGCAAAGAGGUCGAGACUCUGGCCAGUGCCCAGCAGCUAGAGUAGGGCUCUAGCCCUUUUCCUUGGACUACUUUUUUUAAGUUCAUUAAUUAGAUACAAACUGUAUUGACUCAUGAUUUUGUCUUUUUGAGUUUUUCUCUAUGUAUGCUUUAUUACAUUAGGUAUUAUCCUAAAAAGUGUUGCCUAUCAAAAGAUUAAAGUGGCAUCAGGAACAGUAAACGGUGACAGUGAAUCUUGUGACUCAUCUGACAAUGAAAACUAAUAUAGCUAUGGAGAUGUCUUUACAGAAUACAUUGUCAGACUCAAAUAAAAUGUUUCAAAUUAAUAAAGUUUUCUUAAUAUUUUGUUUCUUCUACUGUGUAUUUGUCAUAAGAGGUCCACCCCUGUAUUUGGCUUGCAAAAGUAAUUGUCCUUUUCACAGAUGUCUGAAAUUACUGUAUACUGUUACUUAUGCAAUGUUCAGCAGCAUUAAUGGAGCAUUGCACAAGAAACAUUUCACCAAAGCAUACUUCCUUUCGCUGUUUUGUGCAUCACUCUGUCUAACAUUUCAUAACACCUGUCUUAAACAACCAAGUUAAGGUUCAGAGCUGGCCUCAAAUUUUCCCCUGAGAAUCAGUUGACAAACGACAAAAACAGAACUUUACGGGAAACGUAUCCCAUUUAUAGCCUGUAAGUAACGGUGAAUGGACAUCUAAAGAUCUUGGCAUGAUAACAUACUGGAGACCCAACUGUAGUACGGGCAGAAGACAAAAUGCCCCGAGAGCUGAGAUUUCUACAUCAGUCAUGUCUUCGUUAACUGGUGGCUGAGUCAUAGUGUAAACUCCCUACCUAGCAACCGAAAGGCCUGAUGCUGCAAGAGCCAUCAGCAAUGAGUUCAUUGUCAAUGUUACAGUCCUCUCUACGCCAAAAGUAGGCGUUAGGUUCACAUUGAAAUUGAUUAUUUUAUUUGUGUUUUGCUAAUGUGAUUUGUUUUGGUUUGAUUUGGUUUUGUAUCU